UAUUGCGCUGCCACACGACAGCGCCAUGUUGAAAUAGGUUUUCCUUUUAUUCGCUGACGUUGGGAGCUUGUCUACAAAAGCGCGUUUCGGGCACCACUGUUAUGACCAUAACUUAAAAUGAGAAAACAAUUGUUAAAAUUUUUAGUGAUAAUUUACCUCCUGAAGAUUGCAGAUGGAAGCGGAGCGCGAAAUAAUGAAAUUGAGGACAACCAAAAAUUACUGGAUGGAUGGCAGGCCUACCGCAAAAAUACGUAUGCAGUUUUCUAAGGCACCGACGAUAUCCCCUUCAAAAAUUUUGCAUGGCUUUAAUCAUGUAAAAGCAUCGACCAGAACACGUCAUUAUGGAUAUUCUAUUCCAUCACCUCAGUGGCGCUUUUUGUACGCAGACGAAAACUGUGCAGUAGUCAAGGUGCGCCACGAGAAAAUAUCGGCGAGCAGCCAUUUGGACGGUGGGCCUAACACGACUGGCGUCCGAAGGAGACCACAGUGUGAAGUGUGGGCAAGCGAGCACAAGACUACAAGUGAAAACGACGUAGAGGAGUCAUCAAAAUGGAACUUGUGUUUAGCAUUUUUCUACAGCAACUGUGACACGAGAAACAUUUUCAAAGUGUAUAAUCCGGAAAAAUGCAAACGAAUGCCAAAGAGGUAAUAAAGAAGUAUGUGAGUCCGGCGUAUUUUCGGAA